GCACCACGUCAUUCCAAGGAAAUACGUGGUACAACCGGGCAACCAUCCGGUUCCGCACUGCUUUCGUCAACUCUCCCCUUUUACUCUUCUCUUUUCUCACUUCCCCUUUGCCUUUCCUUCAACCCACACUCAGCUGAGGUAUCGAUUUAUCGAGCAUCGACUAGAAAGAAGACAUCUACUCAACAGCCCUCAUGGCGGACCAUGAGCCGCAGGGCAACCAGCCCAAAGGCUUUCAGCUAAACGUCAAUGACGCUCUAACUCCGGAUCCCGGCAAGGAAGGGCUGUUCAAGGUCGAGAAUAACCCCUUUGCCUACACACCAGGCCACCUCACAAAGCUACUCAACCCCAAAAGCCUCGAUGCUUUCUACGCCCUCGGCGGCCUGGAGGGACUGGAGAAAGGGCUACACACAAAUCGAGAUUCCGGUCUCAGCGCUGACGAGAAGAACGUCGAUGGUACCGUCGCCUUCAAGGAUGUCGCUCCCCAAGGGACCCCGCAGUACGGCCAGCAUGGCGACAACGAGCCCUUUGCUUCAGGCAAGCACGAUGCAUCCAUCCCCGAGCCGCUUCCUCUGGAUCAUAAGGCCGGGAGCAAUUACGCCGACCGCCGACGCGUCUUCAGAGAAAACCGAUUACCCGAGAAGAAGAGCAAGACACUCCUACAGCUAGCCUGGACCACGUACAACGACAAGGUGCUGAUCCUGCUUACCAUUGCUGCUGUCGUCUCCCUGGCGCUCGGUCUGUACCAGACAUUCGGCGGCAAGCAUGAACCAGGAGAAGCAAAGGUGGAAUGGGUCGAGGGCGUGGCUAUCAUGGUGGCUAUUAUCAUUGUGGUGCUAGUAGGCACGCUCAAUGAUUGGCAGAUGGAAAGGCAGUUCAACCAGCUCAACAAGAAACACAACGACCGCACCGUCAAGGUUAUCCGCUCCGGAAAGUCUGUCGAGAUUUCCGUCUUCGACGUGAUGGUGGGAGACGUAAUGCAUUUGUUUGCAGGCGAUCUUAUUCCCGUUGACGGCAUCUUCAUUGGCGGCCAUGGAGUCAAAUGCGACGAAUCCUCCGCCACGGGCGAGUCCGACUUGCUCAAGAAGACGAGCGCCGAUGAAGUGUUUGCUGCGCUGAAAGACAUCGCCGAUGGAAAGCCUCCCAGAGAGGACAUCCACAAGCUCGACCCGUUUAUCAUUUCUGGCAGCAAAGUAAACGAGGGAACCGGUACCUUCCUCGUGACAGCCGUAGGCGUUUACUCGAGCUAUGGUCAAAUUUCCAUGGCCAUGCAAACUGAGCAGGAAGACACCCCGCUGCAGAAGAAGCUAAACACACUCGCCGAUUGGAUCGCCAAGUUUGGUGGUGGCGCAGCGCUUAUCCUCUUCAUCGUGCUAUUCAUCAAGUUCUGUGUCCAAUUGCCGCACAACCACGAAUCGGCAGACCAAAAAGGACAGACCUUUCUGCGCCUCUUCAUCACCUCUGUGACGGUCGUUGUUGUCGCUGUCCCAGAAGGCCUUCCCCUGGCUGUUACGCUGGCCCUCGCGUUUGCGACCACUCGAAUGAUGAAGGACAACAAUCUUGUCCGCGUACUCAAGGCUUGUGAGACCAUGGGUAACGCGACAACGGUAUGUUCCGACAAAACUGGAACCCUGACUCAGAACAAGAUGACGGUGGUUGCUACUACUCUUGGCAAGAGUCUCAGCUUUGGUGGCACGGAUAAGCCGCUGGAGGAACCCGACUCAGAGAAGGAGAAGGCCGAUGGAUCGGAGGCGCCAAAUACUGUGCCCAACAUGCCUGUGGCAGAUUUUACCAGGGAACUCAGCAAGACUACCAAGGAGAUUCUCAACCAAGCUAAUGCCGUCAACUCGACCGCGUUUGAGGGGGAUGAGGACGGCGAGAAGACAUUCAUCGGGUCCAAGACGGAAGUCGCUUUGCUUACGUUCUGCCGUGACCAUCUCGGGGCUGCACCGGUGGAGGAGGAGCGCAAGAAUGCUGAUAUAGUCCAGGUCGUUCCUUUCGAUUCGAAGUACAAGCUGAUGGCUACCGUCGUUAGACUUACCAACGGAAAGUUUCGCGCAUACGUCAAGGGUGCUUCCGAAAUUCUCCUCGAGCAAUGCAACACGGUUAUUGCCAACCCGAACGAGGAUGAGAUACGUACUGUCGAGCUUACCGAUGAGGAUCGCAAGAUGUUCUUGCACACGAUCUCCUCAUAUGCCGGCCAGACCCUUCGUACGAUUGGUUCCUCUUACCGCGACUUUGAUAACUGGCCGCCUCCGGAGCUUGAGGGCCACGAAGAACUCACCGCAGACGAGUUCGCAAAGGUUCACCAUGACAUGACGCUCGUAGCCAUCUUUGGCAUCAAGGACCCCCUCCGCCCGCAGGUUAUCGAUGCCAUCAAGGACUGUAACCGUGCCGGUGUGUACGUUCGUAUGGUAACUGGCGAUAACCUCUUGACUGGCAAGGCAAUUGCGAAGGAAUGCGGUAUCUACAAGCCCGAAGAGGGUGGAAUCGCCAUGGAGGGUCCUGCUUUCCGGAAGCUGUCCCCAGAUAAGCUCAAGGAAGUCGUACCGCACCUACAGGUCCUCGCUCGCUCGAGCCCUGAUGACAAGAGAAUCCUCGUUCGUACCCUCAAAGAGCUAGGAGAGACGGUGGCGGUCACGGGCGAUGGAACAAAUGACGCGCCAGCUCUCAAGAUGGCGGAUAUCGGCUUUGCCAUGGGUAUUGCGGGCACGGAAGUGGCGAAGGAGGCUGCGUCUAUCAUCUUGAUGGACGAUAACUUUGCGUCUAUUGUCAAGGGUAUCAGCUGGGGUCGUGCGGUCAAUGAUGCUGUCAAGAAGUUCCUGCAGUUCCAACUUACUGUCAAUAUCACGGCCGUAGCCUUGACCUUUAUCUCAGCCGUUUCAAGCGACGAAGAACAGUCCGUCUUGAAUGCAGUCCAGCUUCUCUGGGUUAAUCUGAUCAUGGACACCUUCGCGGCCCUUGCCUUGGCAACCGACCCUCCUUCACACACCGUUCUCGACCGUAAGCCAGAUCGCAAAUCAGCGCCGCUAAUCACGACCAGAAUGUGGAAGACAAUUAUCGGACAGGCCAUCGCCCAGCUCGCCAUCACUCUCUGCCUCUACUUUGGCGGCCGCUCCCUCCUCGGCUACAACAUGUCAGACCCCACGGAAUCCAAACGCCACAGCACCUUCGUCUUCAACACCUUUGUCUGGCUCCAGAUCUUCAACGAGCUGAACAACCGCCGCCUCGACAACAAACUCAACAUCUUCGAGGGCAUCACGCACAACUACUUCUUCUGGGUCAUCAACGCCAUCAUGAUCGGCGGCCAAGUCCUCAUCAUCUUCGUCGGCGGGGAAGCCUUCAAGAUUACUCGUCUGAACGGCAAGGAAUGGGGCAUGUCUAUCGGGCUCGGUGCCAUCUCCAUCCCCUGGGGCGCGUUGAUCCGCAAGUUUCCCGACCGCUGGGCCGAGGCCAUCGUGCCGCAUGUGCAUAUUCCGAUACCUAAGAUCUUCAAACGCAAGAAGGAGAAUGAAGAUCCGGAGAAGCAGCAAUUGGAGAGGCCUCCCCCGCCCCCGGGCAGAGUGCAUACCGGGUUGAGAGGACAGAGGGCGAGGGUGCAUAGUUCGAGGUUGGGGAAGAGUUGGUCUUAGUUGGACGGGAAGGUGAGGCCUAGCCGGAGCCUCCGGAGGGUUAAGGAUAAGGGGAAAGGGAAGGAUAACG